UCUGAAGUAGUGGAACUUCUGUUCAGGCUGUCUGUCUACAAAACACAAAAAAAAUUGGGCGUGCACGCGCUUUGCUUGUUCUGAACGCUGUCCUUGGCGCAGGCGCGUUACUUCCUCCUACAGCUCGUUUCAGUGUGUUUGCAUUGUGUCUAAACUGCCGGCGAGUUUAAGAAAAUAUUUUACCUAUAGCAGCUAUGUCGGGCAGGUCGGUCCGCGCGGAGACACGGAGUAGGGCGAAAGAUGACAUCAAGCGGGUUAUGGCUGCUGUUGAUAAAGUACGAAAUUGGGAGAAGAAAUGGGUAACAGUCGGUGACACAUCCUUGCGAAUCUACAAGUGGGUGCCAGUAACCGAACCCAAGUCAAAUGAUAAGAGCAAAAAUAAGAAGAAAGGCAAGGAUGACAAGUAUGGGUCGGAGGUCACAACACCAGAAAACAGCUCCUCUCCUGGAAUGAUGGACAUGCAUGAUGAUAACAGUAACCAGAGCUCCAUUGCUGACUGCUCCCCGAUGAAGCAGGAAAACAGCAACAGUGCCAGCCCUGCCCCAGAGGCCACGGCAACUUCCCAGAGUGACAGCAACGAGGCUAAGAGCGACCAGAGCCAGUCCCCUGGCAAAGAGCAGCUGAAGAGCACAGACAGCAAGAGUGGAAAUGUUCACUCCUCAGAGUAUUCCAACACAAGCACACCCAAGAGGGACGGAAGGUCCACAGGGGGGAAUGAACCAUCUUCAGACACUCCUCAAGAUUCUCAGGAAUCUGAAGAUGGCACUCCUCCCAAUAAGAAGGGCAAGUUGGAAACUCCCUCAGCUGAUUUUGAGGAAAUCUAACUUAUCUUCUCCCAUCAGCAAUUCCUCAACCUGUCGCUAUUUCCUAAUCACUUCAGGUGUCCUAACCUCUCCCGUGUCUUCAUCUCUUUCUUCUUCUGCAAUGGUCCCAGAGGAGUCCAGCACCCCCACCCCCCUCUCAUUUUGCCACUAACACCUGCUAUUGUUUUGGUUCUUCGCCAAAGUGUAUGUACAUACAGUAUUUUGAUUUAGUCACUUUUGUUGUUUUGCUCAGGAGGGUCAACACACUGUUUGAAUCCUUUUAUGAUCUGUUGGUUCUGCUGUUUUUGGAACCUUUUUAUUACUUUGACAGUUAGACAUUAGUUAAUUUAACUAUAAGACAACACCUACAUUUUUUAUUAAUUAGUGGCACUUGGUUGCAUAUUGGUUUCCCUUUCUCCUUGUGUGAAAGCUGUAGCUUGUAGCAUAGGCCUACUUCCAGGUUUGUGUGCCUUGAAUUGCCAGAAUAAUGUGUGUAGAUUUGUUUCUAUAGUGUGUGUGUAUACUUCACUCUGGUAUAUCAAGUGCCCAUUGCCCAGUUUUUGUUAACCUUUUCAAAGCAUUUUUCAGUGCAAAUGUAGGCUGCUUGGUUAUAGCUCUUUGAAUACCUCACUGAAGUCCAGCAGUGCUGGCAACACUAUGUAUAGAUUAAACAAUAAGUAUAACCUCUACUUGCGAAGUGUAAGUGGCCUAAAUAGUUGUUUCCUCGUCAGCCUUUGCCCAACUAAAAAUGCCUUAUUCAAUUAGUCCUACAAAGUCAAAUGUUGAAUGUCUUCUUUUGGGACCCUUAUUUGUAUUAUUAUUUUAUUAGUGUUGGAAUACAUUUGAGUGGGGUUUAACUAGCAUAAUUUAUUCCACAAAUAUUAAUUGUUUUCGUCAUGUAAAAGGUUUUAAAAUAAAACAAUUCUACAAAAAAAAAAAACU